UAAGGCCGCGUUUAUAGUUUUGAGGAAUGGGGAUCCAAACAACACAGUCCACAAGUCAUCUUGGACUCUGAAGUGUGCAGAACUGCUACAGUAUCUAACCAAUCACAUGGGGGAGUUGCGGGUACCUUGAUACCGACAAGUUAGCUUCAAAGUUCCCUUACACGAGCCUCUAAAUCAGCUGAGACCAAUUAUUGUUAAUGCUCUCCGGGGCCGUGUUGAGGACUCCCAACUGGCAAUCUGGAACGCUUCUAGAACUUGGUGGGGGGGAGGGGGCUCAUAUUUCGUGGAGAAUGGGGGAGGUGAGCCCUGGAUAUAGGGAUAACUUUUUAACUAGCCUUAAUUGGGGUCUUUGCGGCCAGGCUGUAAAGAUUCCCGCCACACUAAUAAGAAUCAGCCACGGCCUUUUAAUUGGAACGCCGGAACUCUGCCUUGUUUUACUAAUAUCUUAAUAACACGUUUAUAUGAUGGACAUGUUGGUUCCUUGUAUUUUAAGACGCGGCCACAAACUGAAGCGAUAGCGAUCACGUAUAUGCAGUCCCCCAAUCGUCCAAGCCGAAUAGGUUGCAUGUAGUAUCACUCAAAAAACAUUCAUUACCGUCGGUGUGUUGAGUGGAGAGGGCCAGUGUGCGAAUUCAUUAAUGGAAGUCGCGAGACCUCGAGCGGUUGGAGCCCUGCAACACCCCUCUGCUUGCGUUAAGACAACCUGACCCGACCUCUGGGGAACUGAUGCGCAAAAUGGCGGUUGCACUUCUGUUCUCCGACCCCGGCGCACAAUCCUGAGGAAGGACGUCACGUCACCAGGGCAACGACGCUCCUGCGUAAAGGCCCGGCCCAGUGGAAAAUUCAGGGCGUCCCCGCUCUCGCCGCUGGUGCUUCUCCUAGGCCCAGUGCCAGACCAGAGCAUGAGCGACUCCCGUCGUCCCUGGCCAGGCAAAUGUUGGCCUAAGCUUGGCGCGAAAGAAGCGCGCUAUUUCCCUGCUUCCUUUAGGCCAAGCCUGCUGUACGGCAGGGCCCGCCUCCGGAGCGAGCAUAGACCGGGGCAGCGAGGCCAGCCGGGCGCCGGCCAGGUCCUGAGCGCGCACGCGCUCUGUUCAGCUCCGGGUGGCGGUCGCCGGAGUUGACGUUAGCCAUGGAAACCGAGAGCUGGCCCGGGCGGGGUCACGGUGAGCUUGUUGUUGGGACGCCGCAGCUUUUCUGCCUCCGCAUUCGGGCAAUAGCCAACCUCCCGGCGGGAACGCCUAGCCCGGGUUUACCUGCAAAAAUGCAGUCCCCGGGAUGCCUUCGCGUCUUCGCUUCCCUCGGUUGACUUGAGAAACUGCUGUGUUACAGAAAAGCAUGUGACUUUCAGAAUAAUCCCGAGUGAGGAUGAGUCCAGAUGUGCCUCUACUGAAUGAUUACAAGCAGGACUUCUUUCUGAAGCGCUUUCCACAGACUGUCCUUGGAGGCCCUCGAUUCAAAUUAGGCUAUUGUGCCCCUCCUUACAUAUAUGUUAAUCAAAUUAUUCUUUUUCUAAUGCCAUGGGUUUGGGGCGGAGUCGGAACACUUUUGUACCAGUUAGACAUCCUGAAAGACUAUUACACAGCAGCACUUUCAGGUGGAUUAAUGCUUUUUACUGCAUUUGUCAUCCAGUUCACAAGUUUAUACGCCAGAAACAAAUCAGCAACAGUAGAAAGAAUGUUAGCCACGGAUAUCUUAGCAGAGGAGGAUGAACAUGAAUUUACAAGUUGUGCUGGUGCUGAGACUGUCAAAUUUCUCAUUCCUGGCAAGAAAUAUGUAGUCAAUACAGUUUUUCAUUCUGUUCUUGCUGGAUUAGCGUGUGGUCUUGGAACAUGGUAUCUGCUCCCAAAUAGAAUAACCUUGCUGUAUGGCAGUACAGGAGGCUCUGCUCUACUGUUCUUCUUUGGAUGGAUGACAUUAUGUAUAGGAGAAUAUUCAUUAAUUGUAAACACAGCUACAGAGACUGCAACUUUCCAAACACAGGAUACUUAUGAAAUUACUCCUCUUAUGAGACCUCUUUAUAUUUUUUUCUUUGUUUCUGUGGAUCUGGCACACAGGUUUAUGGUAAAUAUACCAGCUCUAGAACAAAUGAAUCAGAUUUUACACAUCUUGUUUGUAUUCUUACCCUUUCUGUGGGCACUUGGGAUUCUGCCCCCACCCGAUGCACUUUUCUUAUGGGCAAUGGAACAGAUUUUAGAGUUCGGCCUUGGAGGCUCAUCUAUGUCAACCCACCUACGGUUAUUAGUAAUGUUCAUCAUGUCUGCUGGAACAGCUAUAACAUCAUAUUUCAUUCCAAGCACUGUUGGUGUGGUUCUUUUCAUGACUGGAUUUGGUUUCUUGCUGAGUCUGAACUUAAGUGAUGUGGGUCACAAAAUUGGAACCAAAUCUAAGAAUUUACCCAGUGGUCCAGAAAAACAUUUUUCAUGGAAGGAAUGCCUUUUCUACAUCAUUAUAUUAGUCUUCGCUCUUUUAGAAACUGGUUUGCUUCAUCACUUUGCUGGCUUCUCACAGAUUUCUAAGAGCAGUUCCCAGGAUAAUGUGGGCUAUGGUUUGAUGAUAUUACUUAUAAUACUGUGGAUCCUUAGAGAAAUUCAAAGCGUGUAUAUCAUUGGAAUUUUCCGAAAUCCUUUUUAUCCGAAGGAUGUGCAAACUGUGACUGUAUUCUUUGAGAAGCAAACUAGGCUCAUGAAGAUUGGUAUUGUCAGACGGAUUUUGCUAACUUUAGUAUCACCUUUUGCCAUGAUAGCAUUUCUCUCAUUGGACAGUUCCUUACAAGGGCUCCACUCAGUGUCUGUCUCUAUUGGAUUCACAAGAGCCUUUAGAAUGGUAUGGCAGAAUACAGAAAAUGCUUUAUUGGAGAUAGUCAUUGUAUCAACAGUACAUUUGAUCUCCAGUACAGACAUAUGGUGGAACAGAAACCUGGAUACAGGAAUCAGACUCUUACUGGUUGGUAUCAUACGUGAUCGUUUGAUUCGGUUCAUCUCUAAAUUGCAGUUUGCCGUGACUGUACUUUUGACAUCAUGGACAGAGAAAAAACAACGUCGAAAAACAACUGCCACUUUAUGUAUACUCAACAUUAUCUUUUCUCCAUUCGUGUUGGUCAUCAUAGUUUUUUCUACACUACUCUCUUCUCCCUUACUCCCCCUUUUCACCCUUCCUGUGUUCUUGGUGGGGUUUCCCCGACCUAUUCAGAGUUGGCCAGGAGCAGCGGGCACCACAGCCUGUGUGUGUGCAGAUACAGUGUACUACUACCAAAUGGUGCCCAGGUUGACUGCCGUGCUGCAGACUGCAAUGGCAGCUGGAAGUUUAGGUCUCCUCCUACCUGGAUCUCAUUACUUGGGCCGUUUUCAGGAUCGUUUAAUAUGGAUAAUGAUUCUGGAAUGUGGCUAUACUUACUGCUGUAUUAACAUUAAGGGGUUAGAAUUGCAGGAAACAUCCUGUCAUACUGCAGAAGCUCGCAGAGUUGAUGAAGUUUUUGAAGAUGCUUUUGAGCAAGAAUACACAGGAGUAUGUUCCCUUAAUGAACACUUUGGAAAUGUCUUGACACCCUGUACUGUUUUGCCUGUGAAAUUGUAUUCUGAUGCCAGGAGUGUUCUAUCAGGCAUAAUUGAUUCUCAUGAAAACUUAAAAGAAUUUAAAGGUGACCUCGUUAAAGUACUCGUGUGGAUACUUGUUCAAUACUGCUCCAAAAGGCCUGGCAUGAAAGAGAAUGUUCACAACACUGAAAAUAAAGGGAAAGCACCUCUAAUCUUGCCUGCUUCGAACACUUCGCCACCUCCCAAAUCCCCAGAAGACAUAGAUAGUUUAAAUUCAGAAACUUUUGAUGACUGGUCUGAUGACAAUAUUUUUGAUGAUGAGCCAACUAUCAAAAAAGUAAUAGAAGAAAAACAGUUGAAAGAUUUGCCAGGUACAAACUCAUUUAUUCCAGGAUCAGUAGAAUCACAGAGGGUUGGUGAUCAUUCUACAGGCACUGUUCCUGAAAACGAUCUUUACAAAGCAGUUCUAUUAGGAUACCCUGCUGUUGACAAAGGAAAACAAGAGGACAUGCCAUAUAUUCCUCUCAUGGAAUUCAGUUGUUCACAUUCUCACUUAGUGUGCUUACCUGCAGAGUGGAGGACUAGCUGUAUGCCCAAUUCCAAAAUGAAGGAGUUGAGCUCGUUAUUUCCAGAAGACUGGUACCAAUUUGUUUUAAGGCAAUUGGAAUGUUUUCAUUCAGAAGAAAAGGCCUCAAAUGUAUUGGAAGAAAUUGCCAACGACAAAGUUUUAAAAGACUUUUAUGUUCAUACAGUAAUGACUUGUUAUUUUAGUUUUUUUGGAAUAGACAAUAUGGCUCCUAGUCCUGGUCAUAUAUUGAGGGUUUACAGUGGUGUUUUGCCUUGGUCUGUUGCUUUGGACUGGCUCACAGAAAAGCCAGAGCUGUUUCAACUAGCACUGAAAGCAUUCAGGUAUACUCUGAAACUAAUGAUUGAUAAAGCAAGUUUAGGUCCAAUAGAAGACUUCAGAGAACUGAUUAAGUACCUUGAAGAAUAUGAAUGUGACUGGUACAUUGGUUUGGUAUCUGAUGAAAAGUGGAAGGAAGCAGUUUUACAAGAAAAGCCAUACUUGUUUUCUCUGGGGUAUGAUUCUAAUAUGGGAAUUUACACUGGAAGAGUACUUAGCCUUCAAGAAUUAUUGAUCCAAGUGGGAAAGUUGAAUGCUGAAGCUGUUAGAGCCAGAAUCAGCCUUGGAGAUAAGCAGAGCGAACAGAAAUUUAUGCUCUCAGAUUUAAGGAAAACAAGAUUCUUUCUUGCUUCUUAAAUCAUACUCCAUCCCAUCAACUUGCAAACAUGCUGACACUUGUCAUAAUUUCACUCUUCAUAAACCAAAGCGUAAGGUCAGAGGAGAACUUGACAUAUUAGAAGACUUAGGCAUUGAAAGUGGUUAGUCUAACUAACCCCUUGAGGUUCUGGAGAACCUGGGACUCAAAUUUUGGAAGAUGUGACAGAUGAUGUGUUAAAAUACAUUGCACCGAGGCUGAAGUGGGAGGAUCGCUUGAGACUGCCUGGAAGGCAGAGGUUGCAGUGAGCCGAGACUGAUGGUGCCACUGCACUCCAGCCUAGGCAACAGAGCAAGACCCUGUCUCAAAAAAAAACAAAACAAACAAACAAACAAACAAAAACAAAAAACAAAAAAGCCAUUGCACCAAGUAACAGUCAACUUUUCAGCAGAGGUGAGUAAUCAGUUAAGGCUUUCUGGAAUGCCAGCCCACCUCAAGGCCUUGUACAUAUUGUUCUCUCUACAUAGAGGGAUGGCCAGAAAUCCCCCAGAUGGAUCCACGAAUGCUCACCUCCUGUGUGCAAACCACCAUGUAUUUCCCUCCCAUGUUGUAUCAGGGUUGGUCACUGCAACCAGUAGAAUGCUGCAGAAAUGAUGAGUGUGUGACUCCCAAGGAUAGGUCACAGAAGAUAUUGCGGCUUCUACCUCUGGCUCUCUCUUGUUUAUACCUUUACUAAAGUAUGAUUCGAGUACAAGAAACUGCACAUAUUUAAGGUAUACAAUUUGAUGAGUUUGUCAAAUAUAUACACCUGUGAAACCAUCACCACACUCAAGGUAAACAUUUCCGUCACCCCCAAAUGGGGUGACCCUUUGAAAUCCACCCCUCCUCUACCUUUUCCCCAGGCAGCCACUGGUCUAUUCUCUGUCACUGUAUGGAAGCACCUUACCUGUUUCCUCUGUAGGAUGUAAAGUCCCAUUUCUGGAUCCUUUCAGGUCCCUGUCUAAUGUCUAUUCUCUUUGCCUUGCCCUUACUUUUGUUCAGACCAAAUUUAGCCUUAGUGGGGAGUUUGAUUUUGUAAUUCCGAACCCUAAGCAGUCUUGGAUUGCUAUCUGCUGAGAUGAUGCAUGAGAGCAGUGAGGAGCAUGAUCUGUUUUAACAAAGCUGUAUGCUGUUCCCAGCUAAGACCAAGGCUCAUCUCUUUCUAGUAGGAUCUUGGCAGGAGCCACAAGAAGUAACCAACACAACAGGAGUUAACCUGUCCAUAUGCUUUCUAAGUGCCAGGCCUAUUCUAAGUGCUUUAUAUAUAUUAAAUCCCUUAAUCCUCACAAUAAUCCAGUUAGUUAGGUACUAUUUUAAUUCCCAUUUCCCUGAUGAGGAAGCUUAAUUGUGAUUAAGUAACUUGCCCUAGGUCACACAGCUAGGAGAUAGGGUCUUUGAACCCAGGUAGUCCAAUUUCAGUCUUUGCUCUUAAACCACCAUAUGAUACUGCCUCUCACACCAGAGCAGCCUAACUUUGUUCUGCUGGAUUCCCUGAAGCUUCCACCUUAGUAGGUACAGGUCUGAAUCCCAAAGAAACUACAAUAACAUCUUAAUGAGCUGCUUCAUUACCAUAUCAUAAAGACUGCCCACUUCCCACCCAGGGAUGGAGGGAGAUGGAGAGAGCCUCACUGCCUCCUACCCCACCUUGACACAACAGUUCACAUUUUAGGAUCUUUCAUUUCUAGCACUCUACUUCUGGGUACUAAUGUCUUAAUCAGUCGGUACUCUCAACUGCAAAUGGCAGAGACCCACUCAAAUUAGCUUACGAGAAAUAUUAAGGAAUGUAUUGGUGCCUCCAUAGGUAAACCCCCUACCCUAAGGAUGUGGCCUGCCUCUGCCCCCACCCUGAGGUCCAAGUGAAAGCCACUAACCUGAGGGCCAGGAACCCGAGCACAGCAAUGAGGCCUGUUACUCGGAGACAGAAGUGCUCAAGCAAAGUCCAGGGUCAUUACCCUCAUUCGGUAAGAAUUUUGAUGUUGAUUUCUAGUGUCUAGAGACCUCAAUAUCCAAAAUAAACAUUACUAUAUUAAUUUGCUAGGGCCGCCAUAACAAAGUAUCACAGACUAGGUGGCUUAAACAGCAGAAAUUUAUUUUCUCACAGUGCUGGAGGCUAGAAGUUCAAGGUCAAGGAGCUGACAGGGCUGGUUUCCUCUAAGGUCCUCCUCCUUGACUUGAAGUAAGGAAGACCACCCCUCUCUCCUUGUGUCAUACCUCAGAAAAAGAAAGAGGAAGCAAAAGUUACAGAAAGGCAAAAAUAAGAUCAAUAGUCAGAUAGCCCAGCGCAGCACCUCCAUCCUGGUAUUAAAAAUCAACCCCUGACCUAGCUGCUUGUAUCAUCCAUAGAUUCCAGGCAUUGUGUGAAGAAGCAUUGCAAAAUUUUCUGUUCUGUUCUGUUCUGUCCUGUUCUGUCUUGAUUACCAGUGCAUGCAGCCCCAGUCCUGUACCCCAUGCUUGCUCAAUCGAUCAUGACCCUCACAUAGACCCCCUUAGAGUUGUAAGCCCUUAAAAGGGGCAGGAAUUUCUGUCUCGGGGAGCUUGGCUUUUGAGACACAAGUCUGCGGAAGCUCCCGGCCGAAUAAAGCUCCUUCCUUCUUUAACCCAAUAUCUAAGGAGUUUUGUCUGUGGCUCGUCCUGCUAUAGCGGAUGGCCGUCUUCCUCCUGUCUUCUUAUAGUCUUUUGUCUGUGUGCAUCUGUGUCCUAAUCUCCUCUUCUUAUAAGGACAUCAUCAAUCAUAUUGGAUCACGGCCCACUGACAUGACCUUGUUUUACCUUAACCACCUCUUUAACAACCUCAUCCCCAAAUACAGUCUCAUUCUGAGGUACUAGGAGUUAAAACUUCAACAUAUUAAUUUCAGGGGAACACCAUUCAGACCAUCACAAUAAACAAAAAAUAAAGCUGAAUUUAUUGCUUGGUUAUAUAAGGGAGAGCUAUGCUGACCAGGCCCAGUCUCUCUAAGCAGAUCAGGGAACUGAUCUUAAUACGGUUCUGCAGAAGCAUGGAGUUUGGUGACUGGCAGAGUAGGUCAGUGUCAGCUGAAGAACUGUAGUUACUUGAGUGAGACUUUAGUAGAUUCAUUGGCACUCAGUGGUAUGUUCAUUGAAGCAGUCCAUUCCCAGCUGGUUUGCUUUCACAAGCAAGGGGUUGUCGCUGCUGGGAUGGCUUCCAGAAGCAUGCUUGCAGAGGUGAGUUGUUGACUGAUUAAGUAGAUUUAAAAUCAUUUCUGGUGGUUGAUCUUGUAUACUGGCUGUAAAUCUUUCCUAGGAGUGUGGGAACUUUUAAAAGUUUUCACUAGUGUCAAAAAUAAUACUUAAGUUGGGCAUGGUGGCUCACACCUCUAAUCCCAGCACUUUGGGAGGCAGACAUG